AUGGUGCCAAACCAGGCACCAGCGUUACACUGGCCACCGCGAACCAUCGACGCGUCCGCACCGUCUUCUUUCGUGUUCGAGACGAACCCUGCGGGAGUCAGCUCCGUGAGCGACCUUUUCACCAGCGAUCAUGAUGUCCCGUUCCCCGAUGGAUCGGGAUUUCUCUUCCCCAAGACGCUGCAUUCGGCGAGUACCGAGAAAAUACUCGAGCCGCUGACACAGCUACACCCGACAGGGCAGAGAAUGCCGAACGAAGUACCUCUUCGAUCUGCAUCCGCUGACGGCGGUGUUUUCCCGGGCAAUGAGCUGUUUAUAGCGGCAACAGAUGGUAGGGAGCUUCCGUCGGUGCCUGGUCGUCGACGCCUCGAAUCUGAAGUGGACGAGCUUGCGCAGUUGAUCAAGCUCAGCAACGAGGAGCAUCGAUCGGUGCAGCAGCUGCUCCAAGCGGAGCCGUUUAUGGGCAGCACAUGCGCUCUCGCCGAGGCAGAUGAUACCACCGCCGAUGACCAUGCAGGUUUUCUGAUCAAGAAUCACGGGUCGGACUCGACGUCUGACUUGUCGGCGCUGCUGCUGACACCCGCUCGCGGGACAAGAGCGCCCACCAUGGCUAGCCCUGGCACGCCGAGUCCACAAUCGCCGCGCAAGUCGCAUGCGCUGGCAUCGCCAGCAGCCAAGGAGCAGGUCACCGCGUCGCCGCAGGCAUUUGCACCGAGUCAGGGGUAUCUAGGGACGUCCGCUGCGGCCCGUGUGAGAAGCAACCAGCGUCCCGAUGCCAGUCGCACAUCUGCAGCACGCAGCGUCGAGGGCCAGCACCGCGUCGAGCCCCAGAACGAGUCCACUGCGAAAGCACGCCCACGCAAGUCACAGACAGAGACGCGUUUUGUUCACCCAGAGGUGCAUCUACCAAAUUCGGGCUUAACGACGCCACCGGAAUCUCCCGGAGCGAGCCCGAGUCAAGUACCGGGCGUUCGUGCAGCGUCCGGCAAGAACGCGCUGACAUUGCCAGCGGAGAGCGUGCCCUCGAAGCGUUCCGAGUCGCCGAGUAGCGAGCAGAAAUCACCUUCACCAAAGUCGGAUGGAGCUGGUACCAACGGUGCAGCGGCUUCCGUUGAUGAAUAUACGCUACGCAAACGGGAAACACACAACUUGCAUACUCGCGUCUCGCGGAAGAAAGUCUCGCAAUGCUUCGAGCGACUCGUGACCGUGCUCACUGCCGAUUGUGCAGUUGAGGAAUCCGAGUUCAUUAUUUGCAAUGAACUGGACGGAGCCUGCAUCCCGGAACAAAGCAUGAUCUGCGCCUGCUGUGGACUUGACGGCUGCAUGCGUCAGGAUUGCAGGCAGUGCAAAGCGCCCACAAAUACGUCCACAACUAACACCAAUAACCAGCACGCAGCGCCUGCCUCGGGAGUAGACACACCGCCCAGUGUCGCUGCCGGUGACGUGUCGGCGGAUAACGCGGACCCGAAAGCGCUCCUCACUGCGCCCGGUACCUGUUGUGGCUGGCGUGACCGUUUCAUGCCACGUCGGGAGCGAGCCAGGGCGCUUCGAGCGCGUCUCCGUCAUCGCGCAGAGACGCUCCAGUACGCAACACAGACCAUUGUGCUGCUGCGUCGACAGCGUCGCUCCCUGGAACUUCUCCUGCUCCACGAAUCGGAGUCGUUUCGGCGGCUCUGGGUGCAGCAUCUGGUGGAACAAGUCCAGGGUGGUCAGCAGAAACCUCAGGAUGAGCAAGUCGUCAUUACAGAAUGCUGCAAGUCAGUGGUACGCGCGGUGCUCGAGCAGUUUCACUGGCCAUUUGGGGAGCUUUGGAUGCUUGGUCUUCCGCCGCCGUCGACCGACACCGACAACGACAACGAGAAGGAGGCCUGCGCGGAACAACCCUGCGUUCGUGAGGGUACCGCGUCAGCGUCGCAGCGUCGGCAAUGCUCCUGGGAUACACUCCAGCAUCAAGCGACGCUGAUCGUGCCGCCACCUGCCGAAGAAACCGGGUAUCUGGAUCCAUACUGGAUGCUAGCGCUCCGUCCAGACAAAGCGCAAGCGACAGAUCCACCUCUGCCCGAUCUACUUGAGCGUCCCAGUGCCGUUUCCGAGGCGCGACUCGGUACCGAGCGUGAUCCAGCCGCUCCUCCCGUUCGUGGAGAUUGCCCAGCCGACUCACCAAGCACACUCCUGUCCUCUAGCGGGGUAUCGAGUUGCAAUGCCGCAGACGAUCCACAACCGAUGGCAACGAGUAGCAGCCGCUGCGCUGGCGGCUGCUCGGAAUCGCUGACGAAACGCGAGCCCAAUCCUGAACUGGACCAGAGCGCAGCACUGCUCACUGAUCUGGAGUGCUUUGCUACUGAGAGCAAGCAGGUCCUUGCCCAUCCAUCGACGACGGAUAUCCAGAACCUGGUGCUUCGAGAUCAGCGAGCUAUUGGUGCCCGUCUCCGGGCCGGUGCGUUUGUGGAGUUCGACCCCCGGAGCGGCUCGGAGCGCACGUCCAUCGCUUUCGAGAGAGCGCCGCUCGCACGGAGACACAACUUGCGUUGUCUGGUGGCGAUACCGCUGCUGACCCCGGUUCACAGCGCACCGGACAAGCGUCCGCGUCUUUCCAGCGCCUCCGAGUCAUCGACCAGUAUCCGGGGCGUCGCGGUACUGGGUCACGUCGAAGCGGAUGCCGCUGUGCAGCCACUGCUCCAGACACUGGAGAGCCUCUGGCAACAUCUCAUGGCGACGUUGGCUCGUGACUAA